AGUUGUGUUUCUUGGGUACGCCCCUUCCCCGGCUUUGCGCUGCGGGAUGAGAGGAGACACGCAGGUACGCUGGAGGUGCUCAUUAGCAGGAGGUGCAGUUGUUGCUCUUUGAAGCGAAAAAACCCAGUAGCAGCAACGGAGAGAGGAGUUCUGGAAGGCAAGGUGGAUACGGCGCAGCGCAAGGUGUCCCAACAUGCACCGUGACAUGAUCACUGUCCUUCUGUUCAUUUUCCUGCUCCUUCAAGUCACACAGGCGGCCUCUGUGCAGGAGAUCCAGACCAGCCAUGAGAACAUAGCAAAAAUCAACUCAGCAGCAGAAAUGAUGCAGUGCUCAGCAGUCUUAGACGUCCUCUUCCUCAUGGAUGGCUCCUACAGCAUCGGGAAGGGCACCUUUGAGAGGGCCAAGCAUUACGCAGUCAAGCUUUGUGAAGCCCUGAACGUUGCUUCGGAUAAGGUGCGAGUCGGUUUGAUUCAGUUUGGCUCCGUUCCUCGCCUUGAGUUUUCUUUGGACUCGUUCCCCACCAAGCAGGAGCUGAAGAAGCACCUGAAGAAGAUUUCAUACAGAGGAGGCAGCACCCAGACGGGCCUGGCUCUGAAAUACGUCCUGAAGAAAGGUUUUCCGGGCGGCCGUAAUUCCUCCAGCGUCCCGCGCGUCGCCAUCCUCCUGUCCGACGGCCGGUCUCAGGGCAGCGUGGUCCAGGCCGCUGCGCAGCUGAAACAGACGGGCGUGGUUUUGUUUGCGGUCGGUUUGCGGUACCCAAAAUGGGAAGAAUUACACUCUCUGGCCAGCGAGCCAGUGGAAAGUCAUGUCUUCUUGGCCGAUCAUUUCCACGAUGCCGUUAACGGCGUGUCCACUACGCUGAGCGCGCUCUCUUUCUGCAGCGCUACACCGGCAGGCUGUCAGGCCGAGUCCUUCCCCUGUGAGAGGAAGACGCUGGAGACGGUGAAAGAGCUGCAGGGGAAUUUCAUGUGCUGGAAAGGCUCCAAGGGAUAUUCCCCGUACACGUCUCUCUGCCCGUUCUACAGGUACAGUAAAGUUUACAAGAGACACCAGACCGUCUGCCAUAGGACCGUUUGUUCAGAUCCCUGCGACUCUCAGCCCUGUCUCAACGGGGGAACCUGUGUAUCACAAAGUCUAGAGCGCUACCAGUGUGUGUGUCCACCGGGGUAUGGAUCAGACCCACACUGUGCUCCUGCUUUGUCCUUGGACUGCUCCAUUGAUUUGAUUUUCCUGCUGGAGGGCUCUGCGACGCUCACUUUAGAGGGCUUCCUCCGUCUCAAAUCCUUCCUGAAGCGCUUCCUGCAGACCGUCAUCAGCUCCGACAGCCCCAGUAAAGUCGGCCUGGCCGUGUUCGGUGGGGAGGCCAGAGUGGAAGCCCAGGUUGGGAGAUUUAAAGGAAACACCAGGAAUCUCCUGAAGGCUGUGGAUGCUCUGCAACCACCUGGCGGUUUGACCCUGACGGGCCAGGCGCUCCGACAUGUGACCCGUCACGGCUUCGUGAGCGAACCGGUGUUCGCCGACGUCUCGGAUGACCUCCCCCGCGUGGUGGUGCUGCUCGCCGCCACACCUGCUGCUGAUGACGUGGUGGAGGCCUCAAAAUAUGCGCGAGACAGAGAGAUCUUCUUGAUAGGGGUCGGACCGGAAAGACUGAAGGCGGAGCUGAAUAACAUCACGGGAAAUCCUCAGAGAACUGUAACGUACUCGUCACCGGACAGGCUCAUCGGGAAGAUACCGGAGCUGAAGGCCAAGAUCUGCAGCGUGGACAUGCAAGGAUGUCUAGGUCAGGCGGUAGACCUGGUGUUCGCCCUGGAUGCCUCCGUUGGAGUCGGCCGCGAGAACUUUGCCACGCUGCAGGACUUUGUGCGAAGCAUCUCCGUCCAGUUUGACGUAAACCGUGACGUGGCUCAGGUCGCCCUGGUGGCCUACAACCGCAGAGCCACCACUGUUUUUGGCCUCGACGUGCACGAGUCCGGCUCUGCCAUCCUCAAGGCCGUGGGUGAAGCCAGCUACAUGGGCGGCGGGGUGUCGACCGGCGCGGCGUUGCUCCACAUCUACUCCAAAGUCCUGACCGUAGCCAACGGCGCCAGGCCGGGCGUCAACAAGGCUGUGGUGGUGUUGACUGACGGCUCGGGCGGGGACGAUGCCGUCGUCCCGGCUCAGAAGAUAAGAGACAGCGGAGUUUCGGUUUUUGUGGUUGGCAUUGGAGACAUGCAGAGAGACAAAGUGUUGAUGAUCGCCGGUUCAGAGGAGUACAUGAUUUCUGCACCAAGUUAUGAGGAUCUCAAGUACUUUGAGGACGUGCUGGUUCAGAUGGUGUGCUCAGAGGUGAGGAAACCCGUGAACCUGUGCAAGCCAAACCCGUGUAUGCAUGACGGCAUCUGCGUCCUCUCAGGAGCCAGUUUCAGGUGUCAGUGCCACGGCUAUGAAGGGCCACACUGCGAAAGACGAAGCGGUAAAAACUCAUCCAGAGGGGAUGUUCCAAAGCCUGCUGGUCUGAAGAAGAAGAGCAGACAGAGGAAGAGCCACCAGGAACUCCUGCGUCGUUAUAAACUUCACCGCCGGAGACACACUGCCUGACGCAACACACAAAAAAAUCACACAAACACUUCAAAAUCAGGGGUGUUUUUAGAGGACAGCAAAACCUGAUGUUUAUUUUUUUAGUAUUUAAUGUUGGACUUUUUGUAAAGUUUUUUUUUAUGUCUUUAUAUACUGACUGAAUAAUAAUUGUGCUGGCUGUUUAAAAAUAUAAACUGUUAAUAACAUCA